GAGCCGCGUGUGCGCAGAAUAUUAACGUGCGCAUAGACUUGCAGCGAAAUAAAAGAGAGCGAGCGAGAGAGAGAGAGAGAGAAAGGAGGCAAAGAAAGAAGAGAAGGAGGACUGAGUUUACCGAGUCGGGUUUGGGAGCGAGUCAGGGACCAAAAUCAAAAGAAAGAAAAUAAGAGAAGGGUCACACAGGUCAGUAGGUCUGGUCAGUCAGGCAAAAACCAAACUUGGGCUUUGGGUCUCGUCUUUGCCUUUGCUCUCUUUCCUUUCCAUUUGUGUGGAAUUAGCAAAAUGGUGAACACCAAGAUUAUUAGGCUUCUUCUCUUCUCUUCUCCUUUACCACCACCACCACCUCUUCCUUUCUCUCACAUUCCCUUAUAUACUUCUUCUCCUAUCCCUAACCCUAAAAUCCACCCUAUCUCUCUCUCUUAUCCAAGACCAGUCUCCACCCCUUUUUCCUUUCUCCUGACCCAAAACCCAAUUCUCUCUCUCCAUCUUCUAUCUGGGUUUUGCUUCCUCUCUCCAAAGGUCGUCGCUUUCUUACGUUAUUGGGGUUUUGCUGCGCGCCCAAUUUCUCAAGGAUUUUCGGCAUUGCUGGAGUACUUGGUUGGCGUGGGUUUUUUUCAUGUUUUGAUAAGUAGUGGCAUCACAAGAACGGGUCUAUAGCAACAGUGUCCUCAUGGAAGAGUUUAGUACUCCUAGAUUGGAUAUCAGCAAUGCUGUGAGAAAGAAAAGAAGUCAAACUUUUCGCCGACCUCCACAACCACAACCUGAAAUUCAUGAUCAGUCGCCAUUGUCAUCAGCAACACGUUCGGAUGAAUUGAGCAAGGUCUCUAGUGAUGAGAAUGGUGGUUGUGAUACCAAAUCUAAGCGGAAAGAAUUGAGUCUUAAUGAAUGUAUGGCUAGACCGGGACGAAAUGGGAUCAGUAAUAAACGCUCUAGUGAGGGUGUCCUUGCCCCUGCUAAUUGGAAAAACACAUGCACGGUGAAGGAUGGUGUGAUAUCAGAGCCCAGAAAUGCAGGUGCAGCUAAUGGCGGGUAUGGUGGAAGUCCAAGUACUAGGCUGUCAGGAUCAGAUGGAUUUGAAAAUGACAACAAGGUUAAAAAGCUCAAGCUGAAGGUUGGAGGAGUGACCCGGACAAAUCAAGACAAUUCCGCAGUCAAUGGUACACAAGAGGAGGGGUUUUCUACAAAGUUAUCUCAAUCUUCAGAUGUCUCUAGACCACGGCAGAAGCAAAAUCUUAUGCCAAGUUCAGAUGAUAAUCAUUCCCCUUUAGAUAAGAAGAGUGGUUUGAAAGGAAUUCCAUGGAAGGAUUUCUCAAGAAGUGGUAUUAAUCUUGGGAAGGAUCAGGAUCAUUCUACAAUGGUUAGGACAUCCGGAAAGAACAUCUCUGGAAGGGAAGGAGACAGAUCUGAACCAGUCCGUAAGAGCAAGCGUGUACCCAAAAGGCGUGUACUUGAUGGGGAGUUUGGAGAUGAUGAGGAAGAUGAUGAGAUUCGGUAUCUGGAGAAACUCAAAACAUCAAAGGUUACUGGAGGAUUUAGAGAAGAAGAUGAUGAAGAAUCGAGCAGGAAACAUAGAAAACUUUCUGUAGUUUCUAGUAUUGAUAAUGCUGCUCCAUCAAGGUCAGGCAAAGACCUAAAGAGGAAGUCCAGAACUGAUAGAAUAUCUGGAGACGCUGAUUAUGAAGAAGAAGAUAUGUUAUCUGAUGGUGAGCUUGAAGGUAAAAAGAAGCAGAAGAAGGAAGCUGCUGAGCCUUUGUUAGAUGGUAAGCGGGAAAUGACCCUCACAACACGUCAACGGGCCCUUCAGUCGAGCAAAGAUGCCUCUUCAUCCCCUGGUUCAAGCUUAAUUGAAUUUCCGAAUGGAUUACCACCUGCAGCACCUAGAAAACAAAAAGAGAAAUCUACCGAAUAUGACCAGCAGGUGAAGAAAGCUGAGGCUGCUCAGAGACGAAGAAUGCAAAUUGAGAAGGCUAAUAGGGAAUCUGAGGAGGAGGCUAUUAGAAAAAUACUUGGCCAAGAUUCCAGUAGGAAAAAGAAGGAAGAUAAAAUAAAGAAGCGCCAAGAAGAACUGGCACAGGAGAAGGCUGCUAAUGCUUUGGCGCUUGCAUCAAGCACCAUCAGAUAUGUGAUGGGUCCAAACGGCACUACUGUGACAUUCCCAGAUGACAUGGGUCUCCCCAGUUUAUUUGACCCUAAACCUUGCAGUUAUCCUCCGCCACGUGAGAAAUGUGCCGGCCCAUCAUGUACGAAUCCAUACAAGUAUAGGGACUCUAAAUCAAAGCUUCCUCUUUGCAGUCUUUGGUGCUACAAGGCUGUCCAGGAAAAGACGCAACCAGAAUCUACAUCCUGAUGUUUGCGCAAUCUUGUUAUACUCUUUUUUCUUUCUCAAGUCUUGGGUGAUCCUGCGGAGCAGGUUGAUCACUACUCUUGGUAAAUAUUGGGGAUAGGUGAAGAAAAGUGAAUUUUUAACUAGGUGCGGAAAGUUCAUACAAGUAGACUACAGAUAUAUUUUUUGGCAGCAAAAUAAUGUCUCAUUCAUGUUAGUAUAAAAACAAUGUCCCUACUUAGUUUAUCAUAAUGGUAGGCCAUUGGUUUUGGAAGGUGGGGAGGAACUUGGGAGUGGCCAAAGAUUCAUUUUCAUCAAGGUUGGUUUUACCAAUUACAUAAAAUUCUUGAAUGUCUGGUUGGUAUAUAUCAUAC